GGAAAUGAAGAAGAAGAGGCGAAGCAGAGGAAUGCCAUUGGAAUCUGCGACGCCAGCAGCGCUGCCUCCGAUUUUCAAUGGUUGCCUAGCGACAGCAACAGCAACAGCGACUGCGAGUGCGGCAGCCAUCAUGGAUGUGAAAGGGAGCGUGCUCUUCGCCUCUCUCGCUCGUGCCAACGGCCGUGCGGUAUCGGUAUUCCACAGCGGCCAUGCUGCUCUGCUCGCCACUCACCUGCGACGUCGGCUGUUGUGAAGUUCUUGCGACGUGAGCGAGCGAAACUCGGGGCCCCGAAAAACCAGAGGCCGAAAAAACAGGAUUGUGAGGGGCGGAGGAAUUUCGAGGGAGUUUCUGCGACGGCGUCGUCGCCCAGACAAAAAUGCAGAAGCGAAGGCCGACGGACGAAGGAAGUUGCCCAGGAUUGAUUAAACAUCGACCCCUGGGGCGAGGACUUAACCCGACGGCAGCUGCAUCAGUUCUUCGAGGGACUUGCAGAUGGAUACUCUGGGCACUCGUCUGCGUCUUCGCGCGUGUGUGUGUGUUUUUAAACCAUUUGUGGAUUACGCCUAUAAAAACUACACCUCACCGCGGAGCCAGCGAAGUGGGACCAGCUACAACAAAGGACAAUAAUUACUCAGCAAAAAUGAUACAACCUGUCGCUCGAGAGAUUACAAACGGAGCUGUUUUUAUGGUUUGUUCCGCUUUUGUUUAACGAUUCCGAGGAUCACACGUAAUGCCCACGCAAUCCACCACCGAAGUCUGAAAACCGACUCAACGGAACGCAGCGCAGCGCACCGCAACUUAACUCGACUCAACUCGACUCGACCGAAACUCGACACUUAUCCCUGGGAACUCAAAAUAGUGCUUUAUUGUUGGAAAUUACGCUUCUUUUAUUUAUUUACUUUUUCUGCAUUUCUUUGCUGCUCACUCACUCCCACCGCUCAAUUUUUAUAUGUUUAUUACGGUUAUUAUCGUUUAAUGGGGCUCGCUCGCUGGUUAGUGCUGUUGCUGUGUUUCUUGCCCCAGUAGUUGUGUCAGACUAACGUGUGAAGUUGUUUUAUUAUUUGUUUUGAUUAUCAAAAUGGGCGUUUUACAUUUUUCCGGUCGUUGGGCGGCCCACCUGCCACGGGCCCACCGCUUAUAGCCCACAUCCCAUAACCCCGGGGCAAAGGCAGUAAAUCACAGCCCGCUGUGAGGGGCUGAGUAUCUGGGCAGCAGUACACUCGAAAAACAAUAACCCUUCGCCUGAGUACGUCUCCUUUAAUUAUUGGGAGGCUGGGCUUUGCAUUCAAUGAUAAAUACAUCACAGCAAUAAAGCAUUUAAUCGGACUUCAAGGAUUAGUUGACUAUCAUCUUGGAAAACUGAUUAAUUAGAUUAGGAAUUAUUUUAAAACUAGAUAAAAUGUAGCUGUAGUACAGAAAUUAUUAUAUACAUCAUUAUAUCAUAAAAUAUGGUUCAAUUUGAGUGUGUUUUAGUGCAUUAACAUAGAAAUAUAUACAUCAUCCCAUGUUAUAAAAGAUGGAAAUUCCCAGUAUUGUUUUCAGUGCAUGAGUAAAUCCACUCAUUCGCACUCGCUAUAUGACCCAUAAGCAGAAACCAAAGUGUGGCAAAACGUUUAAUUUAGAAUUUAUGAGCAAUUAAUUUUAAAGCACUCCCCGGCCAUUAACGCCGUUACUUCCCCUCCCCCCUCUUGACCACAAUACACCCUUGGCCAUUAAAGAAUUAACAAGCCAGCGUGCCAAAAAUUGAUUGUUUAGCCAAUCCGCUGGAUCAAUUACUCAAUUGUUAUAGCCCAAGAGUUGGCAAUCCCAUUUGAGCACUAGUCGAAUUCCAAUAAAUAGACAGGUAAAAAGCACAUAAAGGUGCAGAUUUAUAAAUAAAAAUUAAUUAAGCUUAAGAAACUGUGUAUUGAGGUAAACAAACCAAAUGUAUAAGUGCUUUAUUUAGAUAAGA